AUGCUACGGCGAUGCCUCUAUGGAAUCCAUGGAAUCCGGCAGUAUAAUCAAAAGGUGGAUCCUUCAACCGUUUUUGAUUUCAUUCCUGCAAGCAGCGUUGAUAUUAAGGAUAUUGUCGAUUUAUGUGCCAACGAAUUCAUUCUUGAUGAACCUCACAGUAAGGUAAGGAAUUUUGCUACAAAAAAAGAUUUGCUCACUUCCGCUCUCUGGCCAAUCCCAAGGUUGCGUAGGACUUCAAGAAGAUACCCAACUUUGUAUGAAGAAAAAACUCAAAAAUUUUCGAUCAGAAGAUAG